UUAUUUUUACUCUAAUAUAUAUAGUUUUCCAUUUAUUGGAAGGGUGAAUGGAUUGGGGUAAGGGAGUGGUCGCGGAGCUUAAUGGAGCUGAAAAUGGUUUGGAGUGUGAGUGAGUGUACGGACGGAUUUGGUCUUCUUUAAUGGAGGUUAUGUUUCGUAGCUCAGUGUUGGAAACCCUAAUCAUGAGUUGGAGGGUUACAGAUGAUGAGAGCGGGAAGAGAAGGCGGCUAUUGGAUCUUUAAUGGAGGUUUACAAUUGAGGAGAGUUAUAUAUUGUUGAUCGUGUGAAUUGGAGCAGUAUUGGUGUUGUUGAUCGAUUUUGAUAUGGAGCGUAAGCAGCUGAAUUUGAACAAAGACUGUGAUGGUGUUGCCGGCGGCGAGGGCUGCGGCGGUGGUGGCCCUGGUGAUGGAUUUAUUGAUAGGAGCAAAGUGAGGAUAUUGCUUUGCGACAGCGAGACUAAUAGUUCAAAAGAGGUUUUACCACUUCUUUUGAAAUGCUCUUAUCAGGUGAUUUCUGUGAGGACUGCUAGGCAGGUGAUUGAUGCAUUGAAUGCAGAGGGGCCUGAUAUAGACAUCAUACUUGCUGAUCUUGACCUUCCUAUGUCCAAAGGCAUGAAAAUGCUGAAGUACAUCACUCGGGAUAAAGAGUUGCGACGCAUUCCUGUGAUCAUGAUGUCAGCACAAGAUGAGAUCUCUGUUGUUGUAAAGUGCCUGAGGCUCGGAGCUGCAGACUAUCUUGUAAAGCCUUUACGAACUAAUGAACUCUUGAACUUGUGGACACACAUGUGGAGGCGAAGGCGCAUGCUUGGACUUGCAGAGAAGAACAUUUUGAGCUAUGAAUUUGAUCUGGUGGCAUCAGACCCUAGUGAUGCAAAUACCAACAGUACUACUCUAUUCUCAGAUGACACAGAUGACAAGUCACGCAAAAACACCAAUGCAGACAUGGGAAUGUCUUCUCAUCAGGAGGAUGGAGAAACUGCCGCUACCGCUUCUAUAGAGCCUCGUACCAAUAUAUUGGAAUAUCGAUUUGAUGUUCAAGGAAUUACUAACCUCCAAACAGGGAAAUUUUCAUCUGGCCCAAAAAAGAGUGAAUUAAAGAUUGGCGAGUCAUCUGCCUUUUUUACCUAUGUGAAAUCCAGCAUAAUCAAGAACAACUCUCAAGCAGUUGCCCAUGUUGAAGCCCAUGCUGCCCAACAUUUGAGAUUUGAGGAGAAACGUCAAGCAUGUGAUAACAUAGUGGUUGUUAAUACCCAGGCACAUGAAAAUGGAGAGGCCUGGGAAAGUUAUUCACAAGGAGACGAUGUGCCAAGCAGCACUAGUGUCCCUGAUUCUCAUUCAAUGGAGAGAUCUUCUACCCCACCUAUGCAGAGGGAACUUCCAAAAGGAAAUAAUUUUUUGAAAGAGAGAUUUUCCAAUGUGCAAGUGCAUCAUGAAAAUGGAGUGCAAAUGCAUCAAAGAAAUGGACCUCAACAUGAGGAUUCUAGCAUACCUACUCAAGCUGCGUAUCCAUAUUGUAUGUCAGGGGUAGUUAAUCAAGUUAUGAUUUCAUCAUCAGCUCAAAUGUGUCAAAAGAAUCCCCAUGAGUUGCAAAAUCAUGCUACCACGGUAAUGAUGCCACAAUACAAUCAUCUUCAGCAAUGUCCUCAUCUAGCUGGGAUGACAUCAUUCCCCUAUUACCCAGUCAGUGUUUGCUUACAGCCCGGUCAGAUGGCUACAAAUCAUUCAUGGCCAUCUUUUGGAAAUUCAUCUUCCCCUGAAGUGAAAUUAAAUAAAAUUGAUAGAAGAGAGGCUGCAUUGAUAAAAUUUAGGCAAAAAAGGAAGGAGCGCUGUUUUGAUAAAAAGAUAAGAUAUGUUAAUCGAAAACGACUUGCUGAAAGAAGGCCUCGUGUUCGGGGCCAGUUUGUGAGGAAGGUUAAUGGUGUAAAUGUGGAUCUUAAUGGCCAACCUGCUUCUGCGGAAUAUGACGAGGACGAAGAGGAUGAUGAGCCGCUUGCAUCUAUGGAUUCUACACCCGAAGAGGGUGGUUCUGGAUACUGAUGUCUUGUUGCUGGUUGAGGGAGGAUGCUUCUAUGUCAUAAGAUGUGACACUUCCUUUUCGCUUGUUUAAAUUAUCUUGUGGAGUUUUUGCAUCUUUACCUGCUCGGCCAGGACCUGGGGCGGCAUGAAUUUAGAAUGCAUCAUUGAGAGGGGAACUCAGAUGAGUUGAAUGUGUUUGGAAGCAAAUGAAGGAAAUCGAAUUUUGGGAUGCUUAAGUUGCACCAGGUAAGAGUUCUCGAACCAUAUAUUCCCUGCAAAAUGUUGUAUGAUUCAGAAAUCGUCCAUGCUGUAAUUGCAAAUAGUUUGCUCUCGAAUCAUAUCCAUAUGUUCAAAAAUCUAAGCAAGGAGAUGCUUUUUCUUCCCAUUCUUACUGACAAACUGUCGAAAUUUCCCAAAUGCAUAGAAUUUUAUAUUGUAAUGAGUUUCAUCUUAGUGAAACAUAUGGAAUUUAAGGUUAUAUUUUUGUUUCGCCCUUCUUAUCUAUAGUUGUAGCUUAGCCUGUAUGGAACGAACUUGUUCAAACGAAGAUCCAUCUUUAGCUAAAUAUAAUAUACAUUUAUAUAA